AUGGCGGGACGACUCUCAUUCUUAGUUGGUGCCAUAUCUCUCUACACUCACUUGACCGCCAAUUCGUACAUGAUCUUUAAAGACUCUGCAAGCUCGUCUGCUACAUAUCCUAUUUGGACCUGCACAACCAGCUGUGGCAGUGUCUCGAGUGGCGUUGGCCUCAUGUACGCAAGGUCGGCAAAGGUUUACAUGAUACAGGUGUUUCCAGCCACAACUACGACCGGAACCUACGAAGUCCAGAACCCGCCUUCCGGCUAUCCCGCAUUGGAGGUCACGGAUCUAGCAGUCGUUACCGAUAAGGCUUUCUCGACACUUCCGUCUUACAACAUCGUGUCCCUUCGAAGUGGUCCUCUUCCUUUUACGACAAGCACAUUAACUUACUCAGCCUUCCCCGGCCUUACUCUCACGGUGGCUACGACUACACCCAUACCAGCCGUAACAGCCACCCCAAUAUCCGUCCCGACCAACUGUCAAGGUGGCGGUGGGCCUGUAGCUGGACCAACUUCAGGUGGCUCAUCAGCAGCGUCAAUACCAGGGUCCUUGAGUGCGUCUGCUGGCUCGACUGCAUCUGGUGCAAACGGACCUGGGGGCUCAGGGUGGACAGUUACCUAUGCUUCGGGCGGGGCUUCAUCCAGUUUUAGUCAACCAAGUGGACCACCUGGAGGCCCAGGAUCUAAUUCGACAUCCAGUGGGCAAUCCGCUGCAUCGUUCCAACCUGGUGGAUUAAGCCCAUCGUCUUUUUCGAGUGGGCUGUCGUUCGGGUCUUCCGUUCAGUCUGGAGCCUCAACCCUCGCUUCAACUUCGACUGUUCUUCCGGCAGCUUCUUCAGCCUCGGGUUCUGUCGGAAACCCUAACAUCGCUCCUGCAUCGACCGUAGUACCAGCGAACUCAGCAUCAUCCGGUCAAUUGGGAGGAUCAAACCCCUCUUCUGCGUCGUCCAACGCAGCUGGAGGUUCUAACCCUACUUCCCCCCUGAGCCGAGUACCUGCAAGCUCUGCAUCGUCUGGUCAACCUGGAGGGUCAAAUGCACCUUCUGUAUCAAGCGGAGUGUCAGGGAUCUUGGCAUCAUCAAAUGCAGUCGGAGGUUCUAACCCUUCAUCUGCCUCAUUAGGACGAUCUGCAGCACCGAACCCCGCAUUUGUCAACCAGCCCCAUGUGCCGAAUGGUCAAUCGUCAGGCUCCUCUCCCGGCGGGCAGUCUCCAGCUUCCAAUUCAGCUUCAAUCUCCGCAUCAGCAUCUAUUAGUCAAGUGCUGCCGCCGGGCGCGUCAGUUGUCACUUCUUUCGUCGCGGGGGCUGGCGGAUCUGUCAGUGCUGCGACCGUCGUUCAGACUUUCUUGCCAACAGUCAUCAGCUCUUUGACAACCCUCACCACUCCCCUCGUCACUUCUAGCAUCAUCACUUACGGUACCAGUAGCACGUCAGCCAUACCAAUCACCGUCUUCCCAGGCGGCACAGCAUGGCAGAUCCCAAGUGUCGGUCCAGGCACACCAAUCUUGUCGCCUCCUACAGCGGCUCCAACCGUGGGGACCUUAAGUGUCAACCCGACAUCAAGCGGGUCGAGUGCGGCAAGCAGACUUGGUGCUUCAUCGGGUCUCUCUGGCUUCACGACGGUGGUGAGCUCAAAUCCAGCGAGCUCCGAUCCGGCAAGCCCUGGAAGUAGUGCAGGCUACCUGGGCCCUGUACCUGUCUCUGCAGAGCCAGCCACCAUUACAGCAGCCUUGGCUUCGCAAUCAUCUGUCAACGUCAUUGGACUUACUACUUAUUCCAGUACUACCAGCCCAUUGUACGAUCAAUAUAGCUCUGGUGUCUCAAGCGACGGACACACUCAGGCGACAGGCGGAGCCUUCUGUCCUCCGGGUCUCUGCUUCUUCUGUGGUAUUUCCCUUCAUCUCCCUCCGGGCAUCUACCCUCCUGGGUCAAUCGAUCCUCCGCCUGGGUGGACAGGUCCUCUUCCCACUAUAACCAUCGGCAAAGACGGAACACCUUCUUAUCCGGAGGAGCCUGAGGACCCUGAAAAGACGAACCAACCAACCAACCCACCAUCCAGUGCACAAGCUAGCUCAAAUAGUCCCUCGCAAACAUCCAUGGCUAGCUCACCAACCUCUUUGGCCUCUACGGGCACCCAAUCUACGGUCUCCUCACAGACGAGCGGAGGCUUCGAGUGCGCACAGACUGGAUGCGCUGUGUGCGUCGACAAUGAUCCGCCGUCCUCUUAUCAAUCCCCAACUUCAAAGUUGAAGCGCUCGCGACUGGUAGAGCGGGAAGAAGUCCCUUACGAUGGUAAUCUCUCGCCGCCGGCCAAGAAUCCAGCUAUUGUGCCUCACGCUCGAACUUAUGCCAAAGGAUUGGCCAAGCGCAAGUUGCCGGAGCCGAGCGACGAUCCUUGGAAUGGUGACCAAGACUCAUACCUCUGGACCCAGUAUAUAUACGCUAGCUGGGUACCUCUUAGACAAGACGCUAGUUUCCCCUCAUCUGCUCUCGCAUUCAGUCUCGCCGCGAAUCGCUUCGACGUAGCCGUCCAGGGUCUUUAUGGCUGCACCUCGCUGAUGAUCAUCUCAACUCAGGGCGUUUGGAUGUCCCAUCUUUGGGAGAACCCCUCGUUCGAGGUUGGCGGCAUCGUCAAUCAGGCCAACUUCCAAGCCCACAUCCUUGACAGGCUUGGGCCGGGGGAUGGAACCGCCGAAUUUCCUGGUCUCACUCAGUAUCUCAACACUGAGUUCGCUGCGGACACCAAGCCAGUGGCCAUCAUCAUGACUCCUCGGAACCGAUUUAACCCGCAGCCGGGUGUUCUUAUGUUCCAGAAUCAAAUCACCCAACUCUCGAACAAGGUCCAAACAAUUUUUGGGGGCAUAUUGAACGGCAUUCCGCUCAUCGUCGACUACACCCCUAAGUCUGAUCAGUUCUCGCAAGACUGGACGUCGUCUGGUAAAGCACUGUUCCAGUACGAUCCUGUUGAGACUCGAUGCAAUGGCGUUCAGUGGGCUAUGGCAAGACUAUGGGUGGAAGAUAGGGUAUUGUAUACGUACAGGCAUUAUUGGGUUGCGAGGGCAAACCAAAUCGUUGCUCCCCCUGCCAACCCGCAACAGGCUGGAAACCAGAAACGCCAGGAUCAAAGCGCCGAUGAUACCCCUUCACCUUCCUGCUUGGACUCAAUGACGGCCACUGGAUCCAUAUCUAUGGGCGUAAUGAGCAACUCUGGAUCUUUGCCUGCUGCGUCCCCUGUCUCCGGUUCAAGCGCCGAGUCUGCUAGUAGCUUGCCUUCUUCGCCUGCGACUGUUCCCGCCACUACCACUGCUGCCGGUGUCAGUGCUGCGACGUCUCUGGCCGCAGUAUCUCUCUCCUCCAUUUCAACUGCCGCAGUCGCUGCCGCGAGCGCCGCCCAGAUCACGAUGUCUCCACUUUGCGAGCCUUAG